AUGGGCUCGUUGACUGCUGCCGCCCUGCGGUUCCCGCUGCUGCUGCUGCUGCUGCUCAGCGUGAAGCCCCAAGGAAGAGCCAAAGCUCAUCCCAUGUACAGCUCGGCCUCCGCGGCUGAACUGGCUGACUUCAAGGCCCUGCUGGACCACCUGGAGGACAAGCUCCCAUCAGAAGCAGCAGAGGCAGGUUUGUCCCAAGAAAUGAACGAACAGAAUGAGGAAGCCCCAGGAGAUGCCUCACGUCCCCUUGCUCCCAGGAACAGCGACUACGUUAGACCCCAAAGAGAAGGCCUCGCCUAUGGGCGUAACAGCUGGGAGCUGCCCGAGAAACCUCCGUCUGCCCUGAGGAGCAAACUACGAGCACUGCUGAACUCGCCACGCAGCAUGAGAAGGUUCUCGGAUUGCUUUGGCCAACGGAUAGAUAGAAUAGGAGCCCAGAGCGGACUUGGAUGCAACAGCUACCGGUGUCCAGGUGGAUAA